AUGCGUCAAGAAUCAACACCGCCGUUACUCCGCUUGCCCCCUAAGAUCCGCGAGAGAAUUUAUUUCUUUGCUGGUCUCAUCCGGGAAUGUCCUGCUACUAUUGUUCCGUUUGGUAAACUCACCACUCAUUUCUGUCCUUGGGGACAACGGCCAGCUAUCGACACGUGCGCCUUCGAACUUCGCAAAAGUUCAAGGUCCCCUGUCCGAGUGGCCACCUAUGAUGAAUGCUCGUGCCCGAAGUUCCCUAAACAGCUCCUUCUCGUUUGCAAGCAACUGCAUAUGGAAGUUGAGGAGAUCCUAUAUGGCGAAAACAAAUUUGUUAUCCAAACCCAGGAGAAAGCCGAUAAUCUCAACGUCCUACGCACUAUUUCCACCAACGCCGUGCGAUCUUUGCGCCACCUCUUAGUCCGCCUAAAUAGUUGGCCAUGCAUUCGAGGGCACGGCUCGCCAUUCAAAAACCCCAAAUCAUGCUUGAUUUGUGGAUCAUCCGCAAGAAAAGCUAAUCUAGAGAUGCCAAGUCACAGGCGCUCUCAACAAAUCAUCGAAGCGUGGGAGAACGUGUGUGGGCGCUUAGCGAACUCAGGCAUCGCAUCAGGACAGCUCCAUCUGGAAUUCGUCUAUGAUGUUGAAGACUUACAGACUGCUCAGCGUGUAUUAAAGCCGCUCGAGUAUCUCCCGUGCCUGAAACAGUGCAGCAUACGGCUGGGGAGGAAUCCAGAGCGGGAGCUCAGCUCACUUGCUCGAAUUACUAGCGAGAAGCUUACUCGGAAGAACCAGAAUACCGAAGGCUUCCGCUUCUUUGAUCUACCGCGGGAGAUACGUCUCCAGAUUCUUUGGCACACAAAUACGGGCCCUAGUAGCGAUUUUCUCGCAGAUGCGCACACGAAUCGAGUUCUCAAUGGGAAGUUUGACCAUCGAUAUCCCUUGGCCGACUUACAUCCCCUAACUAAAAACGCAGUGAGGCUCUGCUGUCUCGACUGCUCUUUUACAAAAUCACACUGCCUCUGCCCUUCGAAGCAUGCAUCUUAUAAUCCUAGUUGUCGGUGCCAGGUGCUGCCCCUGGAAUUAUUUCUUACCAGCCGGCAAAUGUAUUUGGAUGCCUCUGAGAUCUUCUACUCACAAAAUCCAUUCCAUUUUCAAGGCCCGUUUACAAAGACCUUGUCGGUGCUUGAAAAUAUGCCAGUUCGAUUACUGAAGCGACUGAGGCGCAUCACCUUUGACCUGGACAGCCAAAAGAUAUUUCUAUGGAACCACUUCAAUUACUAUUCUCAAUGGCGAAAGCUUAUCCGCUUCCUUGGCAAAUAUUGCAACCCCUCCAACUUGCUAAUAUCAAUAACUACGACAGAUCAUCCAGCGACUGCCAUGGGGUUCGGAAGCGAAGAGGACAGGGAAGACAUCAUGCGACACAUCUAUAACGUGUACGUCUAUGUCGUGCGUGCCGUCAAGAAAUGGCUCCCCGGCCUCCAGGAUUUCCACCUGUUUUUCAGUAUUUAUCUGAAGCUGGAAGCCGUCCUGGAGAAAUUCAUCAUGGGACCAGAGUACGAUAGUUCGCAUGGCAAUCGCUAUCCCAAGCCCAGAAACACAAAAUGGCAAAUUUCAGAUGCACCCGAGUACCUAACAGAGAUCCCUGCCUGGCACACAGACGUGCAAGAGUUGUAG